ACAAAAAAAGUUUUGGGAGUACAGGAGAAAUGCUUUGGGGUGCAGGGAGAAGCCCCCUUCUUUCUCACCUGCAACGCAACGCAACCCAACCGUUUCCGGUGAAGACAAGAAGAAUCACGAAAUUGAAAUUGAACUGGGUGCCGAAGAGAAAUGUUGCAAACCCUAGGAGGCGUAACCCUUCGCUUCGUGAAUCGGUCAUGGCUCCGAAACCUGACGGUGCGUGCAAUGACAUUCUCUUCCUCUUCCGAGUAUGGAGACCAGUCACGGGGUGGCCUUCCUCGCUUCUACUCCGAAAUUCUUCCUCCUUCCAAGGGUAGUGUUAUACGCGUGCAAGGUGAUGAAUUCUGGCAUAUGACAAAAGUACUGAGGUUGAGCACCAACGAUAGGGUACAGCUGUUCAAUGGAAAAGGAGGUCUGGUAGAAGGAUGCAUACAGGACAUGGACCGCAGUGGGCUUGAUUUUGUUGCAUCGAGUGAUUUGAUAUCAAUACCUCCACAAAAUACACAAUUGCACGUAUUUGCUGGUUUUGGUACUCUAAAGGGUGGGCGUGCUGACUGGCUUGUAGAAAAAUGCACUGAACUUGGAGCCAGUAGUGUAACUCCUCUAUUGACUGAACGUUCUCCAUCGAUCUCAGAAAAUCGGGUGGACAGAUUGGAACGUGUCAUUUUAGCAGCAUCCAAACAAUGUCAACGACUGCAUGAAAUGGUUCUGAAAGAUCCUAUAGAGAUUGAUGACCUUUUGCACCUUAUUGCACAAUCAAAGCUAGCUCUUGUUGCGACGGCGAAAGCAACUCCUGUUCUUAGUGCAUUGACAUCAUUGGAAAAGAAAACCAGUGGCUUAAUAAUUAUUGGACCAGAAGGCGAUUUCACCGAGAAAGAAGCGAGUAUGAUGAUGGAAGCAGGUGCUACAGCUGUUAGUCUUGGACCUCAUCGUCUUCGGGUUGAAACUGCCACUAUAUCACUUUUGGCAACUGUCAUGUUAUGGUCUGACUCACUGCAAACUUCGGUCAGUUGAUUCCUCAGUGUAGGUUGGUCAGGCAUGACUAUGUUUUGUCUUUUAGAUUAAUUUAUUGCAACAGAGAUAAAGCUGUAAAGAUUUUGUAGAACUUUUCCUUCUCUAUUUGAGAGAAUUCACUGUGGCUAUCUCUUCAUAAGUCCAACCGUGGCAAGGCAAUAAUUUGAAGACACAUCGGGUAGUUCUGCACAAAUGUAAUUUCUAAAAUUGAUAACACGGGAAUUUAUUAGUGACUUGGGGUAUAAUUAGAUCGUAUUUCUCUUCCCACCUCCUUCUGAAAUGUCAUGUUUUUAAUUAAAUCUAAAGAUUUUUGUCCCACUCUCCCUAUUGCUCAAUAUUAUUUGCCCUUUUGAUCAUCAAGUUUGUAUUUGUUAUAUUAUUUAGAUGUCCUGUUUGGUAUUCCGGACACACCUCAUAUUUAUAGGGCAUAACAAUUUAUAUCCAUAAGGUAAUUCGAUGUAAUUAAUUAUUGUCGUAUGCUGUUCUUUCAAAGCUCAUUGCUCAAGUAUCACUUGUGAUGUGUGGCCAACAAUACUAUAACAAAGUAAUUCAUUUUAAUUUAUUGA